AUAAAAAACGCAUCACCUUUGCCACUAAUGCCAUCUAUCGGUCUUUCAUUGAGUUACCAAAAUUGUUUUGUUUUGUUUACAUCCAUGUGCUCAAUUUUUUGCUCAAAUGUUGAAUCCAGAAGAUACUUGUACCAUCUUUUAACAGAACCAGUGUUAGGAAUAUUCUACCGUCAUCAAGCUUUUCGGAUCAACACAAAACGUGAUGCAACCAUCUAACAAUCACCAUAAUGAUGCUUUAGAAAUAAGAUUUGAAACAAUGCAAAAACUCAUCAAAUCUAAAUAUGACCGUUUGUGCACACAAAUAGCAUCGUUGUGGCAACAAUUUCGACAACAUUUCCAUCAACAAUCGACAAGUAGUCAUCAAUUGAAUGAUAAUCAAAUAAGCCAAUCAUCUGAAGAAUAUGAUUCCGACACCACAAUUGUCGACUCAUUGGACGACCAUCAUCAUACACCAGCCGACGAAAUUAUGAUUACAAAUGAUAUAUCUGAAGACAAGGAACCAGUAAACAAUUCAUCACCGAAUCUUGAACAUAUUGAUUGCCAACAAUACAAAUGCGACCAUUGUGGCUAUGCAGCCGGAAACAAAAAUCGUCUUGAUGAACACAUUCGCAUACAUUCUAUACCUUUCAAAUGCAAUCAUUGCAGUUUUUCAACACAAUCCAGUAAAUGUUUUGCUAAACACAAGCACAAACAUUUGGUUGUCCUUUCAUGCAAUCCUGCUGUUUGUUCCAGUAAUCGGAAAAAGUUUCUUGCUCCAAGUCGUGGUCGCAAAUAUUCCACUGAUAAACCAUACAAAUGCAACCAGUGUGAUUUCUCAAGCCAAACCAAGAAAGGUGUUUAUAAACACCGUGCUAUACAUAGUGAUAAGCGACCUCACAAAUGCAGUCAAUGUGAUUAUACAACUCGUCGAAAGGAUAAUCUCAAUGCACACAUUCGCACACAUUCGACCAUACUACCAUUCAAAUGCAGCCAAUGUGAUUUUGCAACCCGAUGGAAGAGUUAUCUGAAACAACACAACCGCAUACAUACGCAUGUACGACCGCAUAAAUGUCCGCAUUGUAGCGCCAGAUUCCGAAAGGUCAACUCUCUCAGAUGUCAUAUCAGCACCAAACAUGAUAAAUGAUCAUGUGUCUGUAUUUUGUUCUCAUAUAAUCUCUUUAUAUUACGAAUCACGAAUCACUUGCCAAAUCUAUAGAUAACAUACAUUUUCUUUUUCAUUCAAAAAAAAUCAAUGCUCUGUGAUCUGUGAUUUGAAUUACCAUUUGAAUUUGAAUUUCAAAUUAAAAUUGGCUUCAGUCAAAAAGAA